AUGUUUAAAGGAAGAUUGCUAGAUAUUAAUGCUGAGACUCAGCAACCUCAUUCGCCAAUAUUUCACUCAAGCACAUUUCAUGCAUCAUCAUCUAGGCAAAAUACGACGUUACCAGCUGAGGCAGGAUUGCCCAAAAUUGAUAUACCAACCUUUUCUGGAGACUACCUGUCUUGGAUCUCAUAUAGAGAUAUGUUCGUAUCAUUAGUACAUAGUAAUGUGUCAUUAUCAAAGAUACAGAAAUAUUAUUUCCUUAAGGGUUCUUGCUCUGGUACUCCACUAGACAUUGUUAAUGAAUAUCCAGCUUCUGAGGAAAAUUACGACUUAGCAUGGGAUGCUCUUAAUAGGCGUUAUCACAAUCGUAGAAAAAUUGUUAGCACUCUAUUAUCUAAACUGUUCUCAAUUCCGAAUUCCAAUGGUACUGCCGAAAGUAUACAGAAUAUUUUGGAUACUACACGCAAUUGUUUAGCUCUACUAAAUACUUUAGGAGUCACAAAGGAAACCUAUGAUGCAAUUAUAAUACACAUCACUGUAAAUCGCCUUGACGUUCAAUCAAGAAAGGAGUGGGAACAGUCGCUUAAAGCCACAGUAGAAAUUCCUAAGAUCAGAGAACUUUUUAGUUUUUUGGAAACAUCGUUUAGGACACUUGAAUCUCUCGCAGAACCUACUCAGUCAAUUUCGCGUGUAAAGACAUACCCAAACUCUAGAAAUAAUUUUCGUAGAAAUAUCCAUAUAACAACUUCGAACGAUGAUAGCAAUUGCCCAUGCUGCAACAGACGUCAUUUCUUAUACAAAUGUUUUAAAUUUAUAUCUAUGCCAUCGAACGAAAAACGUGAACUUAUGAAAACUAAACGAAUUUGUCAUAAUUGUUUGAAUGUUGGUCACUUUAGUCGCGAAUGCCGCUCAACAGCUCGUUGCCAGACAUGCCAACAAAAACACCACACCAUAGUUCAUAAUGAAUUUACAACAUCAGCGUCUACGGACCACAUAUCGUCUAAUAGAUCAGAGACAACAGAGAACUCUUCCAAUAUUGCAAUACACUGUAGUGCACUCGCAAAACCUCAAGUUUUAUUAGCCACAAUGCGAGUUAGUGUUAAAACAUACUAUGAAACUUUUUCCCUCAGGGCAAUGUUAGACCACUGUGCCCAAGCCACACUUAUUACUGAAAAUGCAUCACAAACUUUAAGAUUACAGUCCUUUAAAACAUUUGCUCAAAUUAGUGGAGUUUGUAAAAAUAAAUCUAUUACUACUCAUAAAUAUGUAAAUUUAGUACUGCAAUCUAGAACAGAACCUAGUUUUGAAUUGAAAUGUAGUGCUCUUGUUGUACCGUCCAUCACACAUUACCAACCUAUACCAACAAAUAAGGGAAAACUUCCAAAUAUCGAUAAUUUUCAAUUAGCUGACCCAGAAUUCUUAAAUCCUGGAGAAAUUGAUUUACUACUGGGUGGAGAUGUUUAUGGUGAGAUAAUUUUACCCGAUCAAAAGAAAUUUGAAAAUAGUAUUUUCUUACAGUACACCCACUUUGGGUGGGUUGUAUCAGGACCCACUUCUAAAUUCGUUUAUAGCGACCUCAUUAAUGUGAAUAUUUGUUCAUUAGAAGAACAAUUAAAGGCCUUUUGGCUUCAAGAAGAAUUACUAGAAAAGAGAAAGUGGACAGAAGAAGAAGAACUUUGUGAAAGAUAUUUUAAGGCAACAACAACAAGAGAUAGUACGGGUCGAUACAAAGUUGCUUUGCCGUUUAAAAAUAUAAUUAAAGGUGAACCAAUGCCAAUGUUUAGUAUGACUGAUUAUAGCGCACUUUCACGAUUGAAAAAUAUAGAAGCAAAAUGUAAACAAAAUCCUAAAUUUGGGGACGCUUAUUAUAAAUUUAUGACUGAAUAUGAAAACUUAAAUCACAUGAAAGCGGUUGGUGUAUAUCCCAAUGAUUUGGGAAGAAAUUGCUACUUUUUACCACACCAUGGAGUUUGGAGGGAAAGUAGUUCUACAACGAAAUUAAGAGUAGUGUUUGACGGUAGCACUAAAAAUUGUACAAAAUCUUCAUUAAAUGAUGAAUUCAUCGAUCAGACUUAG